UUAUUAUGAGAAAUUAAAAUAACUGGCAAUGAGUACAAAUGGUUUAAGUAUAUUUCAAGGAGGGGGACCUAUACAGGUGAAUACGAGUUUAGAACGUUUAGAAGAAGAGGCUUUAGAAGAUCAAAAGAGACGUCAUGAAGAAUUGGGCAACUUACUUCAGAAUGCUUUCGACGAUUUAGAAGACGAUGAAAGUACAAUUGAUUCGACCACAAAUUUCCAGAGCGAUUUAAUUGAUCAACCUGUGCUCAUCAUUCGUGAUGAUGUUGGGAAUCAAGAUCAUGUCGUUUCUGAAGCGGAGAUUCAUCGUUUAAAAGUAACGCUAGAAUCGCGUUCUAGGGAAUUUGAACAUUGUCAGAAGCUAUUAAAUGAUGAGUACAACAAAACUGAUGAAUUGAAAAAACGUUUAGCUAUUGCUGAAGCAGAAUUAGAUCGCACCUUGGCGACUAAAAAUAAUACGCAUGAGCUAUUGGUGGAAAGUAAAGAAAAAUGUUCGAAUUUGGAGAAUACUAUUAACAAAAUGCGUGCUGAACGUAAAACUUUAGAGGCGGAAAACAAUUCUCUUUUGGGAAAAUUAGAAACUUGCCAGACAUUGUUGGCGGACGUUCAACGUAAAUAUGAUAUGGUCGAAAGGGAUCAAAACAAACAUAAUGAGCAUAAUGCUGAAUUAAAGCGGAAACAAAUGGAAGAUCGUCAUCGGGCUGAACUGGAGCUACUGAAGCAGCAAAUGGAACAAACGGCUGAUAAAUUCGAUAAAAAGGCAAAUGAGUUAGAAAGCAUGAAUGCUCGCUAUCAGGCUUUGCAAAGUAGCCACGAAAUUAUGAUUUGCGAUAAAGCCAGCAAAAUUAAUGACUUGAGUAGAGCUUUGGAUGCAGCUCAAAAGCGUUAUGAAGACCUUCUAGCCAGACCGGAUUAUUAUCAAGAAAAUGUUAACCUUCAAAAAUUGGUCACUAGGUUGGAAGAGCAAAUAGUGGUUAUGGAGCGAACUAUAAAAGGGCUAAAAGAACGCCUUGAUGCUACAACAGCUGAACUUGAUGUUAUGGACAGUUUACUUCAUCAGCAUAAUCAGGAAGAUUCUCCGCGACCACUUAGUCAAGUUCAGGGAGGUUUGAUAGGCAGUACACCUCUCAACACAGUGGAGCGUGUUGGUAGCCUGAAAGACGAACUUUAUCGGGCGUUGGCUAAUUUAAAGGCAAAGCGUGAUGAAGUACGCAAACUACAACAGACGUUGCAAGAGAAACACGCUGAGAUAAAUAGCCUGAGACAAGAAGAAAACGAAAACUUAGUACAGAUUAAUACAUUAAAGGAAGAAAAUAUACGCAUGGAAAAUCGCUUCAAAAUAUUACAGGAAGAAUAUGAAUCAUUGAAGAACGCUCAACACCAACGGCAAGACAAUCAAGGGGAAUGUCUUAAAAAAGAUUUACAAAAUUUACAAACGCAAUACGAAGCCUUAAAAACUGAAAAAGAUUUACUGAAUGAAGAAAAAGCCCAACAGGAAAAAGAACUUAAAUGUUUAGAUGCUUCCUUAAAAAAUGUACAAGUUGAUCUCGAAGAGUUGAGGCAGGAACAUGAGAGUCUUAAAAGAAACUAUGAACAGUUGCUUUCCGAAAAUAAAAAUCUUCAGCGAAAUUCAACCACCGACAGUAUGUGCAUGGAGUUGGAAAAACAUAAAUUACUUCUAAAGGAUGCGCAGUCUGAACGUGAUCGUCUGAAGAACCUCUACGUAGAAAUAUCAAACGCCAAGGGUGCUUUGAACUUUGAAUUACAAAAAUUCCUAAAAUCCGAUCAAACUAAAGAACUACAAGAGGAGAAAGAAAAGGUGGCAAAUUUACAAAGGUCAUUACAUUUAAUGGAAGUGAAAACUUCAGAACUGGCCAAGAUAUUGGAGACAGAAAAAUUGUGCCAUGAACGUGAGCUAUCAACGUUGAGAGAUAAAAUGGAAAAAGCUCAUUCUGAGAGCAAGAAAGAAGAAUUCAAUGGCUGUGCCAAGUGUAUGGACUACGUGGCUGAAAUAACAAAGUUCGAAAUCCAAAAUCUUAAGUUAAUUAAUGUCAACUCUGUAUCGAAGAAAGAGAUUGACGAUCUCACGCAAGAAUUAGAAGCCUCUAAAGCACACAUCGCGGAACUUAAUGAACAAUUGAAAUUAAGCAAACAACAGGAAAUACUUAUUAAAGAAUUGAAAAUUAAAGCCACACAAUUCGAAGAAUAUAUAAAAAGCCAAAGCAGUUCCUCGGAGCAAUCGCCCCCACCGCACACUAAUCAUCCGAAACGUCAAUUCAGUGAUAAAAGCGUCGUUACUUCGCCGGAGCUAGAGCGCAGCGAAAUCAAGAGAAUCGAGGCUCGAUUGCGUGAUGAAAUGGCCAAAAUCUUCGUGACUAAGUUAAAGAAAUUUCAAAUUAAAAUUCAACAAACUUUAGAACAAAAUCAAAUUUUACAGAGAGAAUAUGAAUAUAUGAAUGUUGAGUUGCAGCAACGUAAACUUGAGGUGGAUUUGCUGAAACAAGCCGCAUUAGCGGAGAGGCAGGAAAUGAAUGAAAUUCUUAAACACAAGACUGACGAAUGUAAUAAGAUGUUAGAAAAGCAAAGCAUUCUUUUGCAAGAAUUUCGGGAGGAAUUGCACGCAAAAAAGCAGAAAAUCAAAGAUUUACUCAGGGAAUCAACAGAACGUCAAGCACAAAUUGAAGCCGAACGUCAAUCAAUGAAGGCAGUCAUGAAACAAUGGGAGGAACAACGUAAAAUUGUUGAUGACGUAGAGCAAGAGUGGAAAAAUAAAUUUAAGGAACUGCAAGAGGCUCAUCAAACUAUAAUCGAGAGCUGGAAGAGCAAACAUCGUUCAGCAGAGAAAAUAGCUCGCAAUUAUAAGCGCUAUUCUGAAGAUAAAGAAGCUCAUAUGCUCAAGGAAUACGACCGGUUGAAGCGCGAUUACGAUAUCCAAGUAGCGCAGAUAAAACGAGAGGCUUAUUUAAAGGCCCAAAAUCAUCAUCAAGUUUGUGAAUCAGUCGAUAGGCGAGUUUUGUCAACCAACAACAAUAAUAAUAAUAGUAAAAAUAAAGAAAAUAAUAAUUCGAAUUAAUGUUCAUAAAUAUGCAUU